GUCUUGUUCAUUUCAGUGCCUCACUUUUCUUUUUUUUGUCAUUAUCCGUAAUUACAACCAUAUUGUCGUUUUAUUUUUCUAUUCUAUUUUUGUAGUUGUUGUCGUUCGGUUUUUCAAGACUAUUUUUGUUAAACUGUCUAACUGUGCAUACACUGUACAUUAUUGUGCUGUUUUGUAGAAAGCGCAGCUUUUUCACUCUCAAAGAUUGCUUUGGGAAAGAGGACAACCUUUUUCUAUUUUUCUCGUCGGUCCAACAUCGUUGAUUAUCUAUUGAAAAAUGGCAACUGGCAUCAGACGUGACAUGCACUUGAGACAAGACAAAGUAUAUUCUGAAAAUAAUAUUCCAAAAGCAGUUAAAGAUUCUAAAAGCAGCGGUAUAAUCGCUCCAAGAAGACCUGUAUUAAAUGACAUAAGCAGUAACUUGCAAAUUAAUCAAAAUGCUAAUCAAAAAGGGAAAAUUACAAUAACAAAACCAACUAUCCAAAUAACAAAACCUACUACAAGACUUGCUUCUAAUUUAAAUCGUACUACCACUUCUGUUGCUACUAAAGUGAAACCUUCAUUAAAUACAUCUAAAACUAUUCUUAAAGUUAAUUCUGGCUUACAUGAAAGUGUGUCUAACAUUCCAAAAGCUAUUAUUAGACCUAAAACAGUUGGAUUGGUCAAGACUUAUAGAGGAACUUUGACCAGGAGUUCAUCGCUUAGAAACAAAUCAGUUAUAUUAACAGAAUCUCAAAAAAAAGAACAAGAAUGGAUUACUGCUUGUAAAGUAGAUGCUGUUGACAAAAGUGAUGAAUAUGAUCCGUUUCUGGUCGGAGCAUACUCUAAACCUAUUUUUGCAUACAUGAUGACCUUAGAGAAUCAAUAUAUGAUAAAACCAGAUUAUUUAGCCAACCACAAAUACAUCACAUCAUCAAACCGUAGUGUUGUUGUUGACUGGCUUGUAGAAGUACAACAAGAAUUUCAAAUUAUGCAAGAAUCUCUUUAUACAGCUGUUGGAAUUCUUGACAGAUAUUUACAAGAAAACCAAAAUGUUGCUCGAAAUAAACUUCAAUUAAUUGGUGCCACAAGUCUACUGCUCGGCUGCAAGUAUGAAGAAAUAUAUGUACCUGAGAUAACUGACUUUGUCUACUUAUCAGACAAUGCUUUCACCAAGGAUGAAGUAAAAUCAAGUUUAGUGGACGUCUUCAGAACAAUUAAUUAUUCACUAUCUAGACCUUUUUCUUUAACCUUUUUACGAAGGUUUAGCAAAGUGUCAGGUGCACGAUCAUCACAGCAUUCUUUGGCUAAAUACUUCCUGGAAUUGGCUUUAAUUGACUAUAAUUUAGCACAUGUUAAACCAUCUGAAAUAGCUGCAUCUGGUCUAUUGUUAGCAAUCGUCAUAACUAAUGAUCCUGAAUUAGAUGAUAACCCUGAAGAUGUAAAUUCAUUAUUAUCUUUAUAUUGGACAGAUGUAAUGCAAAAACACUCGACAUACAAAAUGGAUGAAUUGAUUUCUACCGUUCAAUCACUUGCUCAUUUAGCACUUAAUGCCCCUGAAUGGAAAUAUAAGGCUGUGUACAAAAAAUACCAGAGUGCGAAGAUGGGAAGAAUCACAACAAGUUCCUUACUGAGCUCACCGGCUAUGAGGUUUAUUGCGCACACAAGUUAAUUCGGUAUCACUCAGAUCUAACUAUUUUAACUUUUUUUUAAAUAUAUUUUGUUUUUAUCGAGUGGUUAUGCCGCUAUUUUUUUACAUUAGAUUUUUUCGUAUAAUUAUUACACUAACAUUAUCUUUUUUAAAAAAUUAAAAAAACAUGACCACAUUCACUAUGUUGGUACAAAGUAAUGUUUUUUUUUUUUUUUUUUUUUAUAAAACAAAACAAAUAUACUUAUAAAUUAUAUAACUUAAGAAAAGUAUGUUUAGCUUGUUAUGUUUUUUAAGUGUAUUUUGAUAUAUAACCAUUGUAUACAAUAACAAUUAUUAAAUCGCACUUAAAUUAUAAUUUUACAAUAUUGAACAAAAGCCAUUUCGCUUUGAAGCGAUAUAACAUACUUGUGUUGAUAUGUUCCAAUUUUAUAAAUAUUUAUUUCUGUGGGCGUUAAUGAAUUAUUCUUAAAUGUACAAUUUAUUAAAUUAUUUACACAGACAAUAGACUGAAAUAUUUUUAUUUUUAACGCAAUUAAAUUUUUAAGAAAUAAAAUGUUAAUAGUUCAAUUUAUACCGCUCUCAGUAUGAAAGUAUGCCUUACAAUUAUUGUUUCCUUUUGAAUUUAUGAAAUCAACAUGUGUUAUUCUCCAUUGCACGCUAUCAUUAAAUUAUUAAUAUAUAUUUUUCUUAUGUUAUAUAAGAGUAAUUGUAUAGUAUAAACUGUAAGUUAGUUUUUAAUUUUUGUUUAAUAAAUAGUUUGUAAAACAAAACAAGUGCAAGUUCAUUAAAUUAUUUAUUAUUUAGUAUUUUUAUAUUAGAAUCUUUGUUAAGUUUUCAUUGAAAUUAAUUUGGGAAUAACCUUUGUAAAGGAGGAAAAAAGCAUUCUUCCUAAUCAAUGUUGUGUUGUAAAUACCUAAUAGAAUAGUUAUUAUUUUGUGGAA